CACAUGGACCUGCUCCCGGCUCAGGAAGCUGCUAAAAUCUACCACACCAACUAUGUGAGAAACUCGCGCGCCAUUGGCGUCAUGUGGGCCGUGUUCACCAUCUGCUUCGUCAUCAUCACCGUGGUCGUCUUCAUCCAGCCUUUCUGGAUCGGGGACAGUGUCAACACCCCGCAGGCCGGAUACUUCGGCCUCUUCCACUACUGCAUCGGGAACGCGCUCACCUCGGAGCUCACCUGUAAGGGCAGCGUGUUUGACUUCAACUCCAUCCCCUCCCCGGCCUUCAGGACCGCCAUGUUCUUUGUGGGGACCUCCAUGCUUCUCAUUGUGGGCACCAUGGUCUGCUUCAGUCUCUUCUUCUUCUGCAACGCCGGAAACGUGUACCGGAUCUGCGCCUGGAUGCAGCUGGCUGCAGCUGUGUUGAUGACGAUGGGUUGUAUGAUCUACCCAGACGGCUGGGAUGCUGAGGAGGUGAAGAGGAUGUGUGGACAGAGGACUGACAAGUACAGUUUGGGGAACUGCACAGUGCGCUGGGCCUACAUCCUCGCCAUCAUCAGCAUCCUGGACUCACUCCUCCUGGCCUUUUUGUCAUUCACACUCGGCAGCCGGCAGGACAAACUGCUGCCAGACGAUUUCGAGGUGGAGGGAGCAGGUAAGAUCUAA